AAGGUGGAGCAGGCUGGGUGUGCACCAACUGCCUUCCCCCACUCCACGCUCCUCCCCAGGAGCGCACAUGCUUGCCCAGCUGGACUGAGUGCAGGGGAGCUCAAGUCCCUCUAGGAAUGGCUGCAGAAGCCCACACCUGCGAGUACCCCCUCCCUGGCCCUCGGCAGGCAGCAGCGGCAGGUUGUGCUAGUAGAGACUCCAGGUCAUUAGAGGAAUGAGCCGGGAGGGAGCAGCUUCCGAGCCCGGCAGCACUUGGUGGGAAGCGCCAGGCGAGCAUGGACGCAGUCGCCAGCCUCCUGGUGAAUGCAAGCGGCAUCCCUCCUCCCUGCGAACUCCUGCUGGACAAUGAAACGCUCUUCUGCCUUGAUCAGCCCCCUCCUUCCAAAGAGUGGCAGCCAGCAGUGCAGAUCUUCCUGUACUCCCUCAUCUUCCUGCUCAGUGUUCUGGGGAACACACUGGUCAUCACAGUGCUGAUUCGUAACAAGAGGAUGAGGACCGUCACCAACAUCUUCCUGCUCUCCCUAGCGAUCAGCGACCUUAUGCUGUGCCUCUUCUGCAUGCCCUUCAACCUCAUCCCCAACCUGCUCAAGGAUUUCAUCUUUGGGAGUGCCCUGUGCAAGACCACCACCUACCUGAUGGGCACCUCUGUGAGUGUAUCCACCUUUAAUCUGGUAGCCAUAUCGCUGGAGAGAUACGGCGCAAUUUGCAGACCCUUGCAGUCCAGGGUCUGGCAGACGAAAUCCCAUGCCCUGAAGGUGAUUGCCGCUACCUGGGGCCUCUCCUUCACCAUCAUGACUCCAUACCCCAUCUACAGCAACCUGGUACCUUUCACCAAAAAUAACAACCAAACCGCAAAUAUGUGCCGCUUUCUACUGCCAAGUGACGUCAUGCAGCAGUCCUGGCACACGUUCCUGCUACUCAUUCUCUUUCUUAUUCCUGGAAUUGUGAUGAUGGUGGCGUAUGGAUUAAUCUCCCUGGAACUCUACCAAGGAAUAAAAUUUGAUGCUAGCCAGAAGAAAUCUGCUAAAGAAAGGAAAUCUAGCACUGGCAGCAGCCGGUUUGAGGACAAUGAUGGGUGCUACCUACAGCGGUCCAAGUCCCCGAGGCAGCUGGAGCUUCAGCGGCUGUCAGGAAGCAGGGUCAGCCGCGUGCGGAGCAGCAGCUCAGCAGCCAACCUCAUGGCCAAGAAGCGGGUGAUCCGCAUGCUUGUAGUCAUUGUCAUCCUCUUCUUCCUCUGCUGGAUGCCCAUCUUCAGCGCCAACGCCUGGCGGGCCUAUGACACGGUCUCGGCCGAGCACCACCUGUCCGGGACGCCCAUCUCCUUUAUUCUCCUGCUCUCCUACACCUCCUCCUGCGUCAACCCCAUCAUCUACUGCUUCAUGAACAGGCGCUUCCGUCUCGGCUUCAUGGCCACCUUCACCUGUUGCCCUAACCCGGGGCCCCAGGGGCCGAGGGGAGAGGCAGCAGAGGAGGAAGAAGGCGGAACCAGCAGGGCAUCAUUCUCCAGGGCGUCUCUCACUGGACGUCCCUCAUGAGCAGGCGCGGCUGCCCCUGCAGAUGGACAGAGCCACAAGAAGUGGAAGAGGCAGAGGAGCAGGGGCGUUGCGUGUCCAGUGGGAACCUUUCAGUGUGUACUUGUCCUCCACCAUCCAGCCUGGGUGAGGCCAGGACU